AUGGCCGCUAAGCCCAAGACGAACCCAUUGAAUGGGAUGCACACCGCUGGUAUCUUCUCCGACAUGAGCGUCGAUGGCCCGGAGAUUGGAACCUUGGUCUUGAUUGUCGACCGAGCCAAGAAUCUACCCAACAGGAAGACGAUUGGGAAGCAGGACCCCUACACUGCCGCGCGCCUGGGGAAGGAGGCUAAGAAGACGACCACAGACGUGCGAGGCGGCCAGACGCCCAAGUGGGACCAAGAACUUCGAUUCACUGUACACGACUCGCCUGAUUACUACCAGCUCAAACUGUCCGUCUUCAACGACGACAAGAAGACGGAGCUGAUCGGAGAGACAUGGAUUGAUCUACGUGACAUUGUGAUGCCUGGCGGUGGCCAGAACGACCAGUGGCAUGGCCUCAACUGCAAAGGGAAAUACGCGGGCGAGAUCCGCAUUGAGAUUACCUACUACGAUACCAGACCGAAGCCUGAGAAGGCCGCCGCAAGGCCAAAGCCCGUCGCUGCCACCCCUGACCAAGACGGCGCUGCUGGCUCGCAACGAACUCCCGUGAAGAGGCGUCCCCUGCCGACCAACCCAGGGUCCCACGAGGAAGUGCCUGCUCCAAGUGCCAGACCAGAGCAUGCACAGACACCUCCAAGGCCCCAGCCGAAUCCGCCCGGGGCCACCUUCAUACCCAAGCAGUCCCCUCUUCAGGCCUUGGAGUACCACACGCCGCCUUCUGCCCGGUUCAGCCAGCAGGAGCAGUUUGUAGCAUCGGAUCAAGGCAUUCGAUACGCAACACCUCCCUCGCACAGAGACGACCCUCAGCACCAUCGCUCGGUCGACAGGAGCGAAAAGUUCAUUGCCCUGGAGGAUGAUCGUCGGUACAGCCAGGAUCAGUAUUCUCGAUCGUCGGAGCACGACCAGAGGAGUGUUCAACAUCAUGGCCAGCCUAGCUAUGACCAGCAUUCGCCAUCUGUCCUUGGACCCCGACAACCAAUGCAGCAGCCCGUCCAGGAUGAGGACCGUCCGCCUCCGCCACCAGUCCACAGAGUUAGGAACAACAGCGGCGCCUCUUACGAUAUGGCCAGGGGAAUCGAGCCUUCUCCCCAACACAAAGGGGCACCAUCAACACCCAUGAGGCACGACGUGUUGAGGAGUGAAGCGCACCGCCAUUCCGUGCAGGCCGUGCCCUCUCCUGCUUCAUCCUCCCACUACCCUGGGCGGCCCAUAUAUCGGCCCUAUGACUCGGCGCCGGACAUGGCCAAGCAGUUGACAUAUGAGGACCCUAGCCAUCCGUCGCCACCCCGACACCACUCUUACGACUCGCCCUAUGAUCAUCAACAGCGCUCUAUGCAGCCCACGGUGGAAGACGUUCCCGAGUCCUGGACUCCACCUACUACCCGCCGGCUGAGUUCCCGCCAGGAGCAACACGACGAGUUACACUACGGCUCCGUGCCUAGCCCUGCUCCAUUGAACAUCAGCGGCCGAGGUAGCGCGGCGUCAGGCCAAUUCACGACCCCGUCACCAGUGCAGGCGCAAAGACAAUACGGAGCACAUGCUUUCACAGCUUCUCCGUCUCCAGUGGCUUCCAGGGAUCAUCACCAUGAUAGCCACCCUAUACAUACAUAUUCCAACUCAUACGGCUCCAACUCAGACCCAUAUUCUGGGCCCCAGAAUAUUCCGGAUGGAACCAUGGUUCAUCGAUCUCAUAACUUCGACAUCCCCCCGGUGCCACCCACCCUUGUACCCGGAGUUGAUCCCAUCCUGUCGCAGGAGAUAUCAGAUCGCUUCCAUGAGGAUAGGAGGCAUGAGCGUCGCUAUACCCAGCCCGCGCCUAUGGCCACGCCAGCUCGAGGAAGGCAGCACAGCGAGCCGCCAGCAAACUACGGUGCUCAGCCUUCACCUCAUGGACACCACCAUUCCCAAUCGAGGGGUUACGGAGUUUCGUACUCGAGCGGCCCAACGACACCAUCGGGUCCGGCCCCUAUGGCUAACCCGCGGAGGCAUUCGCCCAGCCCGAAUCCAACCCACACCAUCAAGAGGAAGUCGGUCAGCCCUGCCCCGCCACAAGAAGGCCGUCGGUUAUCGGGAGUCCCCUUCGGACCGGACUCGUAUGAUGAGUUGAACCCUUCGGUUGUAUCAGCGAAGGAGGAAACCAAAGGCUCCGAGUACACAAAUGCAUAUGGCAAAAUCGUCACUGCCGAUGGACGAGAAGUUGACCCAUCUGACCACCUUCCCAUGGACACCUGGGCACCCGAGCCAGAGCCCAAACAGCCGAAGCAGGCCGAGGCCAGUUCUCGACCUUCGCCUGCGGGCGCACAGCCGAUGCCACCCUCUGGCCGUCGACAGAUCCGGAUCACGGCUAGACCAAAAUCCAUGGCUGCGGUUCCGGCAGCGUACAUCACACCAGAUGUAGACUCGUCACCGCCACAGAGCACGGGUCGCAAUCGGUUGCAGAAGAAGAACCACAGGGUAUCGGCUUUGCCAGCACCGGCUCCACCGGCCACACACCCACUUGGGCCUGCGACUGCUCAUCAGCGCAACAGCACACCGCCCAGGGCGUUGGUCCGGGCUGGUACGUUCGAUUAUGAGAACUAUGCGGUCCCUUACGGAGAAUCUGGUGUGCCACGCGGUUCAUUUGGCAGCGGCCCGCCCAUUCCUGCCAAGGUCCCUCUCAUGAGCGGCGGGCUCGGACCUUCAGGCGGCGGCGGCGGCCCUGACGAGUGGGCGCUUGUGGAUGAAAUGAGCCGCAUUGACAUCGGCACCGGGCGAUCAAGACGGCACGGUGGGUAUUAG